GCCGCGCGCGCGGCCGCGUUUGAAUGGCUCUGAGAGGGGCUCUGCCUGGGAGCGGACGGACUCUCUAGGCUUCCGGGCGCAGUUCGUCUGCGCCGGGGCUGGGUUGAGGUGCCAGAAUACCAUGAGGCGCCGGUAUUUAAGAGAUUAUGGCAUCUGAAACCCACAAUGUUAAAAAACGGAACUUUUGUAAUAAUAUUGAGGAUCAUUCCAUUGAUCUUCCUAGAAAAAGGAUCUCUAAUUUCACUAACAAGAACAUGAAGGAGGUUAAGAAAUCUCCAAAACAGUUGGCUGCUUACAUAAAUAGAACAGUUGGACAGGCUGUGAAAAGCACAGACAAACUACAUAGGGUGAUCUACCACAGAAAGAAAGUUCACCAUCCUUUUCCAAAUCCUUGUUAUAAAAAGAAACAGUCCCCUAGAAGUGGGGGCUGUGACAUGGCAAAUAAAGAAAAUGAACUGGCUUGUGCAGGCCACCUGCCUGAAAAAUUACACCACGAUAGUCGAACAUAUUUGCUUAACUCCAGUGAUUCUGGUUCUUCACAGACAGAAAGCCCAUCAUCAAAAUAUAGUAGUUUUUUUUCUGAGGUUUCUCAGGACCAUGAAACAAUGGCACAAGUUUUAUUCAGCAGGAAUUUGAGAUUGAAUGUGGCUUUAACUUUCUGGAAAAAGAGAAGUAUAAGUGAACUUGUAGCUUAUUUGGUGAGGAUAGAAGACCUUGGUGUGGUGGUGGAUUGCCUUCCUGUGCUUACCAAUAGUUUACAGGAAGAAAAACAAUAUAUAUCACUUGGCUGCUGUGUAGACUUGUUGCCUCUAGUAAAGUCACUACUUAAAAGCAAAUUUGAAGAAUAUAUAAUAGUUGGUUUAAACUGGCUUCAAGCAGUCAUAAAAAGAUGGUGGUCGGAACUAUCAUCCAAAGCAGAAAUUGUAAAUGAUGGAAAUAUUCAGAUUUUAAAACAACAAUUAAGUGGGUUGUGGGAACAAGAAAACCAUCUUACUUCGGUUCCAGGAUAUACUGGUAAUAUUGCUAAGGAUGUAGAUGCUUAUUUAUUACAGUUGCAUUGAAAGACUUCAUCUACUAAAGAGCAUUUGGUUAUUCAAAACACCCUUGGACUAUCUGAUUUCCAAAAAUGUCUCAUCACAGAACUAUGAAACUGUGGAAGAUAUUAAAACUUUUCUUUAAUCCACAUAUGAAACCACUAAUGAAAUGCUAACGAUCUACUUCACAUUGAAGUGGAAAAAUAUCCGAAAGGAGCAGCUUCAACUUCAGUGAGGUGAAAGUGCACUAUGAAGAUUGUUCACCUUUGCUGCAUUUGGAACUUAUAUGGUUAUUUGAUAACAUUGUUUAAGAACUACUGGAUCUUAAUGCAAUCCUGCAUAAGAAUAUACUUUAUACUAUGUGAAAAAAUAAGACAGAACUUAUUACUAGGAACCACAAAGACCAAUCAUUAUUACCUUUUUUAAGAUUGUUUUAUAAGAAAAAACACUCAAAAGUGUGCAGCUAUUUUCUUACGUUGAAAAGACUUUGAAAGUUUAGAACAUCAUAGCAAAUAAUACUGAAAGUUUUUGUCCACACUGAGAUACUGUGUAUACACAAUGCCUUAAUUAUUAAUAAGCCAAUGUGUAUGAUACCAAUAUCUUUAAAAAAAUUAAAACCAGCCAUGCUUCUGGCAUGAAAAUUAUGAAAUUAAAUCAGGGGUUUCCAUUCAUGGAGAAUGUUCUUGUUAAAACUUAUUCCACACCAGCUGUAAAACUUGACAAUGUUUUGAAUAUCUCUGAUUUUUCUGCCAGAAUCGUGUCAUAUAUGUGUGGUAUUUCUAUAUAAAAGAAAAAGGUGAAUACGUAUUUGUAUGGGUGAGUGUUUUAGUUGUAAGAGUUCAUAGAGUUGGCUAAUUUAUAUUUACUUUCUAUUGUAUAUAGAUUUCUAAUAUUUUCUGUAUCAUUUAAGCUUUCUUCAUUUGAGUAAAUUUACUAAAUAUUCAUAUUUUUUGCUUUUUUGAAAUUUGUUUUUGUAUGAAUUCUAAUUCUUGUUCACUACAUUAUGAUUUAAAGAAUUACAGUGCUUUAGAAAUGUUUACAGUUAGUGCUGACUUUGUAUUUUAAAUUCCAACACUUUAUAUUGCUACCUCCUCCAGUGGUUGGUAUGAAAUGCCAGCAGACUAUAUGAGGUCUUUUUUUAAAAAUACCAUUUUUUGUAUCAAUGAACCCACUUCUGGAAUGUCUUUACAGCUGUAUGUCUUAGCCUGUCUUGAAAGUGGUUGGGAUUUAACUACCACUGUUGGUUCAUACAGUAUCUCAUCUUCAAUGAACCCAAGAAGCAUCUGAGCAAAGAUUUUUAUGCAGCAGUCCUUCAAGCCCUUGAAUGUAAGAUGUUAGCAUUUACCCAAUUAGCAACUACUGAUAUGAAUCCUAAACAAGCAUCUCUCUUGCUUUAAAAUACAUUAAAAAUGUUAUCUUUUACUGAA